AUGUUCAAUCAAUUGCAAUCGCAGCAACAACCAUCACAACUUGAAGUUCAAGCUCAGUCCAAUGCAAGUCAGGAAGUACUCGCUGUCGCCUGUGUCAUCGAUGCCUCCCUAGCACUCGCUACAGAAUGGACUCGUGUACUCACAGCGUACAUCCUGCCAAUUCUCAAGCGUCUGAACGAAGCAUACAGCGGGCAUAAUUUCCGACUAGCUUUAGUGACGUAUGGCGCUGCGGAUACAUAUCCCAGUCCGCUGUUAUCACAACGUUUCUUUCUCUCCCCAAAUUAUGUGAUGAAGGAAUUGCGUGAGGAUCCCAGGAAGUUAGGAAUUGGUUCAGUGAUCGGUGCAAGGGGGCUAUCCGCCCUGGAGGGAAUGGUUGCUGCUAUCGAGCUCUUUGACAUCUUGCAUAACUCGCUUGCCUUGGCUGGUCCGAAGGAUGGUCGAAUGCACGUUUCGCAUAUAAUACAUAUCGCUGGAAGUCCACCCGAUUCUGCGCAAAGGCCCUCAUGGAAUACCCUUCCGUACCUCGACUCACUAUCAUGGGACACGCUACCAGUAGAACUCAAGAAGAGAAAAAUCAAUCUGAGUCUUGUCACACUACAACCAAUACAACAGUUCCAGGAUGUUCAGUCUGCCACCUCAGCACCAGCUCCACAAACAAAUCCCUGGUUCACUGUCUAUACACCACAUAUACUCAUGCUUUCUGGAUUUCCCUCACUGUCGCACGUGCAGACCCCAAAACUCAACGUUGCAAAGCGUUCAAACGAAUCUCCUCAAACACCAGAUACAAAACGACAGAAGGUCAACGAGAAAAGCUCACCAGCACUUAGCCCGCGUCCUCCUGGAGGAGGUGCCGGUCCAGUAGGCCAGAGACCACCUUCUCGGCAGGUUCUCACACCUUCUGUCCCACCUUCCACCCUACCUCAACCACGUCCGCAAUUGCUCCAACCUUCUCCCAUACCUCCGCACGCAACCACGACAUCUGCACCUAGCCCUGCAAAACCCCCUGCAAAACCUGUCGCACACCCACCUUCCAAUGCUCCAAACCCUAAUGCUCCCCCUACGCAACACACAUUCCCCCCCAAUAUCAACAUGGUAGUCGAGCGCGGAAAAGCUCUCGAAGUCGAGAUUAAAGUCAUCGAAGCCAAACUCCAGGAAGCACAAUCUGCCGGGAACGCUGCAGAUGUCGAGUCGCUUCAGAUGGAGCGCGUCGCGAAAUAUCAGCAGGCGAUGAAGAUCAAAACUAUUUUGUAUUCAAUAGCGAAUAGGCCUGCAAUGGGUGGUUCGAAUUCAGGUGCAGGGGGGUCGGGAGAAACGCCUCAGCCUCAGCCUCAGCCCCAACCGGCGGCGAGCAACAUAAAGUCGGAACAUGUAGCACCGCUAACGGUGUCUGCGCCCGUAUCCGCACCCAUGGAGGAGCAGAAGCCAGUCACGGAUCAGAAGCCACCGCUGACAGAUCAGCAGGCACUAAUACACCUCAUGCAGGCGCGUUCGGGAACAGCACCAUACGCGAAUCCAGAGCUUGCAGCGCAAAUGCACAAGUUGCUCAACAAGACUGGUAUCCCGGGACCAACCUUUUCCGGUUCACCUCAACCCCGACCAGCCCAUCCGCCUGCCUCUGGAUCUACAUCUCAGCAUCAGUCUCAGCCCCAGCCCCAGGCCUCAACCUCGGCAAUCCCAGGAGGGCCAAAUCAAUGGGAAGGCUCUUUUACUAUACAGCAUGCUGGACAACCAAAGGGGUUUGAAGUGCAGGUGGCCGCCGUUAUGAAUUCUAAAGGUCAACCCCACACGGAAACAUGGCCCGAUAGAAUGUUCAUCGAUAUACCACAAGGAGGACUGAAGGAUCCAUCAGAUUUAAAGUUAUGGCUUCAAAAACACCACCAAUCUGCUGUGAUAGCUCAGUUCAGGCCCCAAGCACGAAGCAUUGAACAGAAACAAAAUGACGCGGCUCAUAAUGCGUUGAUGAGGAUCAUGAUGGAAGCACGAACAGCGAGUUAUGGCAUAGUGGCGUGGCAACUUCCUUCGGGGACUAUGUCACAAAAUAUGAUCGUGUUCCCCAUGAGUAACAAGCUAGUAGGCGCAGUGUUCCCUGUCACUGGACUUCCGGAUCUACCGGGCUCUGGCAAAGUUGACGGCUCAAAACCGCAACCGCAACCGCAACUGCAACAACAUUCACAACCACAACUGCCACUGCAACAACUACAACAACCACAACCACAACCACAACCACAACCCCCAGGCGUCUUCACCCCUGAGAUGCUGACGCGACUUCAGGGCCUUGACCCGCAGCAGCAAAGGCGCUUCAUGCAACAACUCGCACUCCAGCAGAAAAUCCGGCAGCGGCAACGAGAACAACUCCAGCAGCACCAACAAUUACAGGCAGGGGUAAUGCAGCAGGAGGUACAGGCACCAGCACCUGGUGUGGGAAUGCAGAAUAUGAGUCCGUUUUCGAAUGGAGCGAAUAUGCCAAUGAAUAUGUUUGGCGGUGGUGGGGUACCGCAGAGGCAAAUCAACGGGGGCAUGCAGCUUGGCGGCGUGGGGUCCACGGUGAAUAGUGAGAUGAUGCAGUCGUUUAUGCAACGGAAUGCGAAUGGACAAGGGAUGAACCCUCGUGAUUGA